GAGUCCGACCCUCAGCGGUACGAAGUGAAAGACCGGGGUCAAAAUGGCUACACCACGCCCAUCACCCAGUCGCCCCUCCUACCGCGUCGUCACGUGACCCACUCGGUGUCGUGCGAGUCCACGUCAGCCAAUGGGAAGCACCAGCUCAACGUGCUACGCCCCGCCUACAACUCGCGGGUUCUGGCCAAUAAAAAGCGGGUUGUGAAGAUGCUGUGCGUGGUGGUGCUGGAGUAUUUCGUGUGCUGGACGCCGCUGUUCCUCCUCAACACCUGGAGUAUCAUCGACUACAGGAGCGCCAGGGACCAUUUCACGCCCCUCCUCAAGUCCUCCUUCCUCCUCCUGUCCUACCUUUCCUCCUGCAUACACCCGAUCACCUACUGCUUCAUGAACAAACGGUUCCGCCAGAGCUUCGCCGACGCCUUCAGGUGCUGCUUCCGGAGACGCGCCUUGUCGCGGGACCUAUACAGUGAAGCUUCUCAUGUCAACACGGCCGGUUCUGACAGGCCGGACACCCGUGCCCGGAAACACUACACCAUCACCUGGAAGAGAGACCGUUAGGACGGAGGUACCAUUUAACGAAGUUACCAUUUAACGACCGUUAGAACUGAGGAGAGAGAUUUACCAUCUAACGUCCGAUAAAACUGAGGUACCGUUUUACGACCGUUAGAAUUGAGGGAGGAUUUACAAGGACACCCGUGCCGGAAACACUAUACCAUCACGUGGAAGAGAGACCGUUAAGACUGAGGUACCAUUUAGCGACCGUUAGAACUGAGGAGAGAUUUACCAUCUAACGACCGUUAGGACAAGGGCACCAUGACAUAGAAGAGAGACCAGUUAGAACUGAGAUACCAUCACGUGGAAGAGAGACCGUAAGAACUGAGGUACCAUUUAACGACCGUUAGACCCGAGUGAGGAGGGAAGCAGCAUCUAACGGUCGUUUUGACUGAGGUGCCAUCUAACGACCUGUAGAACUGAGGAGAAAUUUACGUUCUAACAACCGUUAGAAUUGAAGUCGGAACCACUAUCUAACGACCGUUAGAACACUACUUACAAUAUACUGCGGAGUCUCAAGGAACAAUAAUGUAGACAUUCUUAACACUUAACACUGUGCGUGCGUUAGUUACUUUGGCAUUUUGUGAACUGUCAAUAUAAAUGUUAUUAGCAAUGUCCUUUCACAUUUCAAUGUCUGUUUUUGUUAAGACAAAUGCACUUUUUGAAAUUAAGAAUGUUUAGUAGUAUGCAGUGAUGUCUGGAGUUGAAGAAUAUUAUGUUGGUUGUUGUAUUUUAUCUAAUGUUUCCCCCACAAAGAAGCAUCGACUGGCCAUCAGAUUUGGCGACUGUGGCGUAGUGAUAAUGCUCUGUGUUAGCUGUUGUGAGCAGAAGAAGCGAGUUCGAUUCUCAAGUUGGGAAGUUACAUGUACAAUACCGUAUCAACUACAUGACUGUAUCCCAUUCGGCUUACUGAUCUGCGGUAUUUCCUCUCGACACAAAGUCACGUUAACCCUAACACGCAGGUGGGAAGCAGCCCGCAUUCUUACUUACUUACUUACUACCCGUUACGCCAUCUGGCGUUUAGGGCACCAACAAAGG